AUGAUAGUGUGGACCACAGUAAAUACUGAUUGUGUGACAUUCACAGUAUUUCCAUUAUCUAUUUAUUCUCUUCUAUUGUUUUUUGAUGUUGUAGUUCACUGCUGGGAUUACAGAAGACUUCUAGUUAAUAAAAUAGGUAUUAGUCUAGAAGAUGAAUUAAAAUUUUCCAAUGAUAGACUAAAUGCAAAUUUUCAAACUACUCCUCAUGGCACUAUAGAAGCACAUUGA